UUCUAUUUCGAUUGUAAUUCGGAAAUAAUUCCUUUAAAUACAACUUGAAAUUAACCUUUCCCUUCAACCCAAACCUCCACUGAAAUUUAAUUUCUGAAUUGAUAUUCCCAAAACCAGAGAAAAAUGAUGAAUAACUUUCCAAUCAAAAAGAAAACCAACGAAAAAGAAUCUGAAAACCCACCUAAAAAAAGUUCGAGUGAUGUCGUUCGAAUCCCCCAUGAGUCAAACAAGAAGCUAAAGGUUAAUACAUGGAUGAAGGAUGAUAAUAAGUGUUACAAACCCUCUGAAAACAGGGGAGACUCUGUUAAUGUUAAGGUUGAUAAACCUCUUGAUUUAUCGCUUUCGCUUUGUUGUGGAAGUUUGAAAGGGAAAGAGAAAGUAAUCCAGAAAGUAAUUAUCAAGAAACAAGAAGAAGAAGAAUAUUAUGAUGAUGGUGAUUUAUGUCUUGCUCUUUCUCUUUCACCUUCUCCGUAUUUCUAUUAUGGAACUACUUCUUCGUCUUCUCCAAACAAUCAAAUUCCAGAGCAAUUAGCCGUUGUGAAUGUGAAUGAACCCAAGUGGACAUUCAAAAAACUCUUGACAGCAUCUGACUGUGAUAAAGGUCAAGGCCGAUUUUUGAUUAACAACAGGAAUUGGGUGGAGGAAAACAUCAUUGAGAACGAAGAUCAGAAAAUUGAAACCAAGAACAAAGAAGGUAUUCAGUUUAAUUUCUUCGAUUGGGAUGAAAAACGUCAAUUUAAAUCAAAUUUGAGAACUUGGGAAGCAAAUAGUUAUGUGGUCUAUAAAAAUUGGAAGAUCCAAGUUCUUGACAGACGAAUGCUACAAAAAGGAGAUGAAAUUGGACUUUAUUGGGAUAGAAUUAACAAGAUGCUGUAUUUUACAGUCUUGGAAAGAAAUCAUGGUGAUCAAAUUAAUCCAAGUCCAGCCAGUUCGAAGAGAAGGAGAGUUUCCAAGGAGGAGAUGAAGAAAUAAUCAGGUUUUUUUUCCUAUGAUUCCCGCCAAAAAGUGUAAACCCUAGUGGAAGUUCGUUUUGUUAGUUACACGGUUCAGUUUUUUUUUUUUCCUUUUUUUGAAAGGUAGUAUGACAGAUUUAGAUUAAGUAAUUCUUGUAAUUGAGUGAGUUAGAUUUCUCUAACACUCAAUUACUUUAUGUUUAUGUUAAUGAACGUAGUAAUAUUUGUUUGAUUUUGA